AUGAAGUGCAUUCAGUCGCCUCCUGGCUCAGCAUUGACAUCAGCCCCUCGUCGCGAACCAUGGAGGGCCUGGUGUCAGUGGAGGGCUAGGGCGAGCGAACCUCUGCUGUCCGCCAGCAGCCGAGAACAAUUGUUGUUCAGGUCUGUGCUACGGUACGCGGUGGUGUGGUACGACCUGGACCUCGCUAGCAGAACUGGUCUUCGGAAUGGCAAUCACCUUACCACCUAUCGGAGCGCUUCAUCUCUUAAUGCAGUUAAACCACUUGACCUAGCUAGUAAUGGUUAA